AUGGAUAUCUUGCGUAAAAUGUUCAAAAUGAAUGAGGACGCCGAAAAACCUGACGGAGCUGGGCGUAAAGAUGAAGGAACUGCAAAGGACGAAUUUCGUAAACCGCAGUGGUUUGAAGAAGCUGAAACAGAUGACGAACUCUUUGAUGAUAAUCGCAAAUUCGCUUUUCAAACCUUUACAAAUCCUUUGGAGUUACAAAAGCACUUCGAGCGUCAAAUGCAACAAAUCUUGGAAGCAGUGAGUGAAUUCGAAGAUGGCGAUAUUAAGAUUGAUAAAGACUUGAAGGAAGAUUUUUUGAAACCUGGUUUUGAAAACAUAGACAUUUUGAAGGAAUUUGAAAAGACGAAAGGUGAAAUCAUGGACACAGACUUGGAUGGGGAAAUUUAUGCCGAUCAAUUGCAUUCGUUAAUGCAACGCUUGUCCCCCAAUGAGGAUUUGCCGAAUAUCUUACCACGCAAUGACAGCAAGGCUGUUCGCAACCCCUUAGGUAAAAAGAAAUUAAGUGAUGAGGAGAAAAUUUUGGGUAAAAUACAUGGCACUCUGGAUAGUGACGAUGCUCCGAAGCAAUCACGUAUGCCACGUCCACGUCCGGACAUGAUGACACCAAUGACUCCCAUGAUACCACGUAAUCCUACGCCAUUUGGCGGAGGGGUCUUCGAGGGCACGUAUCAGGGGCCGAAAAUGUUCAGCCAGAGCGUCAUGUCGAAGACCAUACGUAAACCGGAUGGUAGCUAUGAGACUACGAAAAUCAUCAAGGAUUCUCAAGGCAAUACAACAAAAACUAUUACACGUACCAUUGAUGGCAAAACUGAGACAAUUACCACGCACGACAACGCAGCUGGGGCCGAUACCAAUAAGCAAAAGGAGGGCAACAUCGCCAAAAGAGAAGAAUAUUCGAAUCGCAAUAUUUUCGUAACAAAAGAAGGUUACGCCGUACCACGGAACCUCUGGUGACCAGUGGUGCUUAUUGGCCGAAUCCUUGUUGGCAACUUAUUACACGUCUAUAUUCAAAUUCAGAUAUACUAUGUACUAGUAACUAGAUCGUUAAGUGUUUGGUGUUUUAGAUGAAAUUCAUUUGAGACUACAGAUGGCAGAUAGCAUUGCAAGAGCAGCAGCGGCAGCAGCAAAAAAAAAUGAGAACAACAACACAGAUGACCGCAGCAUCCACAACAACAAUCGAA